UUUAAAAUUUUGAAUGAAAGAACAGCAUGUACGAAGUGUACGGCUCCAUCAGAGCUCAAACCCUCUCCGCUCUUCUGCUCGUUGAGGAUACACGAAGAGAGAGAUCGAGAGAUAAAAUAGAGAGAGAGAGAGAGAUCGAUCGAUUAAGAGACGCGGCGUAGAGCGAGAUCCGUAGAUCGAGCACGAAAUCGCUCGAAAAUGGAUGCGACAAUUUUAGUAGAGUGUUUGACAAAUAAAAAACCUGGCAGCGGGAAGCAGAAAUAGGAUUCUGCGCCUCAACAUCAGAAGCUCCAAUUUGGUGUUCUGAACUUUUGAUUCCGCUACACAAAGAAGCUAUUGUAGGAAACAGUGAUGCUGGUGGGAAUUCCAAUAAGAGUGGAUUGCGUGGAAAGUUGAAUAAAGUUGUUCUAGCAUACAGUGGUGGCUUGGAUACAUCUAUAGUCGUCCCAUGGCUCAGGGUGUGCUCGAAUUAGAAGGCUUGGAAGAGAAAGCGAAAGCUAGUGGUGCGAGUCAACUUGUUGUAAAAGAUUUAAAGGAGGAAUUUGUUAGAGAUUAUAUAUUUCCUUGUUUGCGAGCUGGUGCAAUUUAUGAAAGGAAGUAUUUGCUUGGUACUUCAAUGGCUCGCCCUGUUAUUGCUAAGGCGAUGGUUGAUGUAGCUAAAGAAGUUGGUGCAGAUGCAGUUGCUCAUGGAUGCACUGGAAAAGGCAAUGAUCAGGUUCGCUUUGAACUUACAUUCUAUGCUUUGAAUCCGGAACUCAAAGUUGUGGCACCUUGGCGGGAAUGGGAUAUAACAGGAAGAGAGGAUGCAAUUGAGUAUGCUAAGAAACAUAACGUUCCUGUUCCUGUUACAAAGAAAUCAAUUUACAGCAGGGACCGGAAUCUGUGGCACCUAAGCCAUGAGGGUGAUAUUUUGGAGGAUCCAGCGAAUGAACCAAAGAAGGAUAUGUUCAUGAUGACUGUUGAUCCCGAAGAUGCACCUGAUCAACCCGAAUAUAUAGAAAUCGGAAUUAUGUCAGGAUCACCUAUUUCUCUCAAUCGAAAAGUGUUAUCCCCCGCCUCGCUCCUUACUGAGCUCAAUGAGAUUGGUGGGAAGCACGGGAUUGGGCGUGUGGACAUGGUUGAAAACCGGCUCGUUGGCAUGAAGUCCCGUGGGGUGUAUGAGACUCCCGGUGGAACCAUUCUAUGGACUGCGGUUCGGGACCUCGAAUCCCUGACACUCGACCGCGAGACCAUGCAGGUGAAGGACAUGCUUGCCCUGAAAUACGCCGAGCUGGUCUAUGCGGGCCGGUGGUUCGACCCGCUCCGAGAGUCCAUGGACGCGUUCAUGGACAAGAUCACGGAGACCACGACCGGCACUGUGACUCUUAAGCUCUACAAGGGUUCGAUUACUGUGGUUUCGCGAAAGAGCGAGCAUAGUUUGUACAGGGAAGACAUCUCCUCGUUCGAGAACGGGCAGAUUUAUGAUCAGGCGGACGCUGCCGGCUUCAUCAGGCUCUACGGGCUUCCGACCAAAGUUCGAGCAAUGCUCAAUAAAGGCGUUUGAGUAUAUCAGUUUCCGGGGUUUCCUGCGAGCUCGUGAAGAUUAGUAAUUGGGUUUCUUAGUUUGAGAAGGACGAGAGAAAUUGCAUCAUCUGUGCAUGAGAUUUAAUUGACAGUAUGACGCGAAAUCCGGAUGGUUUUUGGUUAGUUAUGGAUUAUGAUGCUUCGGCGAAAAUUGUGAUCUCCUUAGCCAUCUUUGCUUUGAGAUUGGUGAUGCCAAACUAGGGCAAUGCCCUAUUUUAAUAAAUUUAUUGUUAGGGUGCUCUUCACUUUUCUGUCA